AAAAAUGUUGCUUCAAUGUACGCAGUGAUACUACAUGUACUUGAAGAUUUAAUAAACGUUUAUUUAAACUAUUUGUCCUGUUCUUAUUACUAAUUUUUGUUCACAAUGCACCGAAAAGAUGACGAUUCAGAUGAAGGAGACGAUGGCCAAGAAUUGGAGGUUAUCCCACCACAAGAGCUUGGUGAUAAAAAGAAACGCUUUUUCUCCAAGGAGCUUCGGUGUAUGAUGUAUGGAUUUGGUGAUGAUCAAAAUCCGUAUACUGAAUCUGUUGAUUUACUGGAAGAUCUGGUCAUUCAAUAUAUUGCUGAAGUCACUCAUAAAGCUAUGGAACUUGGACGCUCUGGUAAAGUUACUGUGGAAGAUAUCAUGUUCCUUAUGCGGAAAGAUAAACGCAAAUACUCUAGGAUUAAGGACCUUCUAUUUAUGAAUGAAGAACUAAAGAAAGCAAGAAAAGCUUUCGAUGAAGUUAAAUAUGCUUCAGUGUGAUUGAACCAACAGUAAGAUUGUUUAAUUAAAAACGUCAACAUCAUUAUCAAUGUCAUCAUCAUUUAUACAUAUAUCCAAUUGUAUCUUUUUCCCCCUCCUCUUUUGUAAACAAUGAUACGUAUUCUGUGGAUUGCCUUUCAAAUGACCAACCAAUUCAUGUCUUUCUGGUUUCCAUUUGUCCCAUCUGGUACAACUCUUGAUUGAAUAAAUUAGACAAAUAUUCUUGUUUAAAAUUAUUGAUUAA